UAGCAGCGAAAGCGGGCGAAAUACCAAUUCGACAGAAGCCCCCGCGGCUCGAAAAAGUGGCGUGCCUCUCUCGGACUCAGGCUGUAGCAGGAUUCAGAGUCCUGGAGCCCUAUCUUUGGACUAGGCGAGUCGAUUCGAGGAGUCAUUUGGUCCACGAGUCGAGUCUUGGAGCCCUCUCGUCCACAGCUUGCCUUUCAAUGCAUACGACGGGGGAAGGUGGAACCACGUCGGACUUAGUCCUCUGAUGCCUGGGAGGAUACCUUCUACCUAAAGGAGCGAUUCGCCUCAAACGAAUGCCACGUGGGCCUCGUACCUGGCAUCUUCAGAACCGUUGCUGUUCCGUCUUCCCUUUCCAGUGGGGCUGAGGGCGAGUGUGACACAAGAGGCUAGGGCACUGGGAUUCCCGAGAAUAGGUCGAGGCGAUUCCCCCUUAGCUCUCUCAGCGGCCGGUACGACGGUCUCAGACGCUUGCAUUAGCAGCAGGGAGCGGAUUCUCCGUCGCCUCGGUUCGACUCAUGACCAUGGCGGGACCUCUGCUGCUGCGGCGUGCAGCAUUGGCCGUCCUGGUGCUAUUCUCGCUCCUCUCCGUGUUGCUGGCUGAAGAAGGUGAUUCGUCGGCGAGCAGCAAUGCUGGCACGGGGUCCGCCAGCGCCCACCCAGUGUACCUGGUGCAUCUGAGGGCGGCGGCUGUAGCGAGCUACCGAGGCGGCGUGGAAGGGCUGCCUGCUACACCAGGCCACUCGAGACAGUCAAGCUUUGGUAGCGGUGGUAGCCACGGCCCCAGCCGCGUGCGUCUGCCGCGCGUGGACAUGCAUUCUGCUGCAGUGAAGAGCUACAUGGGGUACCUGGAGUUCCUACAGGCGCGAGUCAUGGAGGAUGCUGCCGUGGACCCGUCCAGCGUACUGCACAGCUACAAGGUGGUGAGCAGCGGCUUUGCAGCAGCGCUCUCGCCGUCUCAGCUGCAGCAGCUACAGCAACACCCGGCUGUAGUGGCCGUGCACAGGAGCAGCACGAUUCACAUGCUCUCCACCCGCCCCUCGACCUCCGUUGACUGGCUUGACUCGGUUGACUCGGGAAAUCUGGCCGGAUCCGCCAAUCAGACUCGUCACCGCCGUGGGCUGAAGGGUCUGCAGGGCCGACGGGGUUGCUGCAUGUGCAGCGGCAGCAGCAGGCGCAGCAGCAAGCGCUGCAGCAGCAGCAACAGCAAGAGGGUGCGCAGGUGCAGGGAGAUGGUAUGGUGGUUGGAGUGGUGGAUUCGGGCAUUUGGCCCUUCCUUCUCGGACAAGCUCAUCAGCCCGCCCCUCUCCGCGCCUCCAUCCUCCUGGAAGGGCAGGUGCGAGCCCACCAAGGACUUCCCCUCGUCUGCUUGCAACCGCAAGCUCAUCGGGGCGAGGGUCUUCUACCAGGGCUUUCAGGAGGAGGUUGGGACGAAGGACUGGGACCUCAAGGGCGACUGGCUCUCGCCCCGGGACAGCACUGGCACCGGCACGUGGCUCGCAGGGGCCGGCAGCAGGCAGUGCCAACGUCCCCACGGCUCCUGUCUUCGGCUCCUCCAUCGGCCGUCUCUCUGGUGUGGCCCCUCGGGCACACCUGGCGGUCUACAAGACGUUUUGGAAAAGCAAGGCUCUUGGCUGGAAUGUUUGCAGUACGCCGGAGUGACAGUGGUGUUCAUGGCAGGGGAUUACGGCCCGCCCUCCAGGAACUCUCGGGAGUAUCAAAACGUAGGGAACUACAAUCCCUUCGGCCUCACUGUCGGCGCCAGCUCCACGAGCCAGCGGUAUUUCACAACGGUGACACUCGAAAGCGCGGGGAUCAUUCUGCUGGCGGACAAUCUGGUGGGAAAUGAUGCUCUGAUACCAUACGACGCACGCCUGCCCGUGGUGCUGCUGCUGGGGAGCGAGCGGAGCACACUGCAGGAGUAUAUCGGUGGAACGGCCAGGUGAGUGCAAGGGGUGAUCAGGAGGGUGAACGCGGAUAAUUCUCCUGCGGGGCAUUCCGGCGGUGUAUGGCCCUCUAUAUCAUACGACGCGUGUCUGCCCGUGGUGCUGCUGCUGGGGAGCGAGCGGAGCACGCUGCAGGAGUAUAU